AUGGAAGCAAGAGAUGACCUUCAGGAAAAUCGACUUGAUGCUGGUGGGCGUGCAUAUGACGACCGACCUGGUCUGCUUGGCUUGGAGCAAUUUGAGGUAGAGUUCAGGCGUAGCGCUGUCAAACCUGCUAAACCUCAGCGUGAAUACACCCUUAUGUAUAACAGCAGAGAACUUCUCUCUCAGAGUGGCCCUAGUGAACUCCAACAACUCAUGCGGGCAAAUUUGCACGAAGAGACGUUCACCGUCAGCCAGAAGUACGGACAACAGCGGGCCCACCACUGUCGUCUUACCCUCUCCCAUGAUCAUUUGGUGGCAGCGGCUCUCGCCUUUGCGAGCAGAUUCUACGAAAUUCCUAACAAGCUGCACUUGUCUCUUGUGCAGGAUAAUGUUGCCAGAGAACUCAAACAGUAG